GUGCGCCUGCGCGCUGCCGCCUCGGCUCGGCCGCCUGGCGGGGGCUGGCGCCGGGGACCCGUUAGCGCGGCAGGAAGCGCCCGGUGCCGCCGAUCGCCUCCGCGCAACAUGUCGAAGCGCCUGAGGAGCAGCGAGGUCUGCGCGGACUGCAGCGCACAGGAUCCUUGUUGGGCAUCUAUAAACAGGGGGAUCCUGAUCUGUGAUGAGUGCUGUAGUGUCCAUCGAAGUUUGGGACGUCACAUCUCUCAAGUGAGACAUCUCAAGCAUACACCAUGGCCUCCAACAUUGCUGCAGAUGGUUGAAACGCUGUACAAUAACGGUGCGAACUCCAUAUGGGAACAUUCGUUGCUGGACCCCGCCUCUGUCAUGAGUGGAAGGCGCAAAGCCAGCCCGCAGGAUAAAGUGCACCCAAAUAAAGCAGAAUUCAUUAGAGCUAAAUAUCAAAUGUUAGCAUUUGUUCAUCGCUUGCCGUGCCGUGAAGAUGACAGUGUCACUGCCAAAGAUCUUAGUAAGCAACUCCAUUCCAGUGUAAGGACAGGGAACCUGGAGACAUGUUUGCGACUGCUCUCCUUAGGAGCUCAAGCCAACUUCUUUCAUCCUGAGAAAGGGAACACCCCUCUCCACGUUGCUGCCAAGGCAGGACAGACUUUACAAGCAGAGUUGUUAGCGGUUUAUGGCGCUGAUCCUGGCACGCAAGACUCCAAUGGAAAAACUCCAGUUGACUGUGCAAGACAAGGUGGGCAUCAUGAACUGGCAGAGCGCCUGGUGGAAAUCCAGUAUGAGCUGACGGACAGGUUGGCUUUCUAUCUCUGUGGCAGGAAACCAGAGCAUAAAAAUGGACAGCACUUUGUUAUCCCUCAGAUGGCAGACAGCAGUCUAGACUUAUCAGAACUUGCAAAAGCAGCUAAGAAGAAACUUCAGUCUCUAAGCAACCACUUGUUUGAAGAACUUGCCAUGGAUGUGUAUGAUGAAGUUGACAGGAGGGAAACAGAUGCAGUUUGGCUUGCUACUCAGAACCACAGCACGCUUGUGACAGAGACCACAGUGGUCCCUUUUCUUCCUGUCAACCCUGAAUAUUCCUCAACCAGGAAUCAGGGGCGACAGAAACUGGCUCGGUUUAAUGCCCAUGAGUUUGCUACACUAGUUAUUGAUAUUUUAAGUGAUGCCAAACGAAGACAACAGGGCAAUCCUCUCAGUGGCUCAAAGGAAAACGUGGAACUGAUACUCAAAUCGAUCAGCAAUCAACAUAGUAGUGAAAGCCAGGAUAAUGACCAGCCAGAUUAUGACAGUGUUGCUUCAGAUGAAGAUACAGAUCUGGAAACAAAUGCAGCUAAAUCAAACAGACAGAAGAGCCUGGAUUCAGACUUGUCAGAUGGCCCCGUGACAGCCCAAGAAUAUAUGCAAGUUAAAAAUGCAUUGGUUGCUUCUGAGGUGAAGAUUCAGCAGUUAAUGAAAGUGAACAUCAACUUGAGUGAUGAGCUGAGAAUCAUGCAGAAAAAGCUUCAAACGCUACAGAGUGAAAAUACCAACCUCAGAAGACAGGCCACCACCAAUAUAUAUCAGGUCCAAAGUGGCUCUGAGUACACAGACCCUGCCAACAAUUCUUCUUUAAAGCGGCGACCAUCUGCACGGGGUAGCAGGCCCAUGUCCAUGUAUGAGACCGGCUCAGGUCAGAAACCCUACCUCCCCAUGGGCGAGGUCACGUACCCAGAAGAAAGCAUAACAAGACUGCAGCCUUUCCCUCCACAUAUCGGGAGGAGUGCGUUUGUGACCUCCUCUUCAUCUCUACCUUCCUUCCCCUCCACGCUUUCCUGGUCAAGGGAUGAAAGCACACGAAGGGCCUCGAAGCUGGAGAAGCAGAGCAGCGUGUCUGAGAGCGACUACGAUAACCCCACCGUGCCCCUGGAGCUGGAGGAGACGGGGUCAGGCAGGAAGGGCCGUCAGAGGAGCAUCAUCUGGCAGGGAGAGGGAUCCAUCCCUGAGGACACAGACACAGCCCCCAGCUCCAGUUUGCCCAGCACUGAAGAUGUGAUUCGGAAAACUGAGCAGAUUACCAAGAAUAUUCAGGAGCUGCUGCGAGCAGCACAAGAGAAUAAGCAUGACAGCUAUAUACCGUGCUCCGAGAGAAUACAUGUGGCAGUAACAGAAAUGGCAGCCUUGUUCCCCAAAAAACCCAAAUCCGAGCUGGUAAGGACUUCCUUGCGCCUGCUGACAUCUAGUGCCUACAGACUCCAGUCCGAGUGCAAAAAGACCCUGCCUGUGGAGUCGUGCCCCAGCACAGACAUCCAGCUGGUCACACAGCAGGUCAUCCAGUGCGCCUACGACAUCGCCAAGGCUGCCAAGCAGCUGGUCACCAUCACCACCAAAGAGAACAACAACUGAGCCACGCUCGCCCCCCGGCUCUUGUUUUGGAAGGGCUGGAUUUCAGAGCUGUGGGACUCUGGAUUUUUAUGAGGACAAAAACAAAACUAAAGGGGCAAGAAACUUUUUAAACACCCCUCAGUAUUAUUUUUGCAUGUUUUCUAAUGAUGUUAUGAUUAAUUUAACCCACUGCCUUAUUUGGUGCCUGUGUUGCCAGUUUAGUUACAGACAAUAGCAUGUUGCAGAUAGCUCUUGAGCCAGUAUCACGUCCCAGCGCUGUAUCCAGCUCCCACUGGGUGUUUCCUGGGGCCACGUUCUGCUUUCAGCCCUUGCUGGGAAGGCAGAGCCUUGCCCCCAGCCCCAAGCCCAGAGCCUCUCCCGUGCUGCUGCUGAGGCAGUGAGCAGCAGGGAGGCAGCAGCAGCGCUGGUGCUGCAGGACAAGCCCUGUGUUGCCCCUUCCCACAUCAACUCUUGUGCAAUAAUACCUUAUUUUGUUGUCUGCUAAAACAAUAGUAGUUGUGGGCAUCUGAGCUUAUUCCACGUAACUAUACAAGGUCUUUGUCACUUUAUCUGUUUUGGAAGGAAUUUGAAACUUAGUAGUUACUUCUUUUAGUUGUCACUAUGCCAUUACUAUGUUGGAUGUUACUUUAGGGCAUUAGUGGUUAAAAUAUUAUCCUUUGUUUCUGA